AAUAAAGAAUAUAAUUCAAAUAUAAUGUCUACGUAUCGUCUGAUUUCAUGGGGUGCAAAUUCCCAUGGUCAACUUGGACAAGGUUUAUUAUCCGAGCAAUUUGUUCUACCUCAAGAAGUUGAUUUAUCCAGAUGUCCCUUGAAGCCAGAACUCAUCAGGAAAAUUGUCGGUGGUGCUGGACACACACUGAUUUUAGACACGAAUGGUCAUGUUUAUUCCUGUGGUUUGAACAACAAAGGACAAGCUGGAAACAUCGAGCAAGAAAAUAUUCUGAUAUUUCAAAGGAUAUGUGCUCUUGAACAUGAAGUAGUGAUUGAUGUCUGCUGUGGAUGGGACAGUUCCAUGGCAUUAACAAGGAAUGGCGAGUUAUAUGUAUGGGGUUCGAAUCGUUAUGGACAAUUAGGUUUGGAUCCUUCAGUUUUUCCUUCAAUACCUCAUCCCCGCAAAAUUUCAUUUGGCGAGAAAAUAAAGAAUAUUUCAAUGGGUCUGCGACACACCGCCGUAGUAACAGAGAAUAAUGAACUCUAUGUUUGUGGAUCAAAUAAUAGAGGGCAAUUGGGUUUGAUUAAUCCAGAAACCAUGAAGCCUUACACUCUUCUUGAUGCAUUCAUCAAAGUUGCAGAACGGACAAUGCAAGGAAACGUCGAAAAUGUUACCUGUGGUCAGUAUCAUACUAUAGUCCUAACAAAAAAGCAAACAUAUAAUAUAUAUGUCUUUGGUGAUAACAAGCACGGACAGCUGGGAUUUUUUCCUAAAACAUCUUCUGAAACACGAUUAUCGCAACCUUUAUGUAUUCCGUUCUCUGGCAUACAACAUGAUACACCAAUUCAUAUUCAUACAGGCUGGAGUCACAUAAAUAUCUUGAGCAAUGGUAUUAUUUUUUCGUGGGGAAGAAAUGACUAUGGUCAAUUAGGUCGUUCUUUAUUGAAAUCACAAAAUGGAAUUUCUACGGAAGAAAGACUUCAGUGUAUAGAAAAUAUCCCGAAAAUCAUUCAACUUUCAGUUGGAUCGGAGCAUAAUGUUGCCUUAACCGAUAAUGGAGCAGUGCUGUGCUGGGGCUGGAACGAGCAUGGAAACUGUGGUAACGGAAAAACGGAGAAUGUUUUACGGCCGGAAUUUCUUCCAAUGCCAUCUAAUUCCGUUGUCAUUCUCGCGGGUACUGGCGCAGGACAUUCAUUCGCUGUGCUAAAAGACACUAGCUAAUUGCGAUAUUAUAUUAUUGCAAAUUUGUUAUUUAUUAAAUAUUAAAUCGUGUA